GCAAAAUCAUCAUUCAAUUAAUUAUUAUUGAAAAUCGAUACACUAGUUGAAAUGGCUACUCUGAUUGUGGGUGACAGUCAGUUGAAAUAUGUUCAAAAGUUUUUCGAUGUGGAUGAAGCAGUAGUUCUUUCUUAUAGUGGUUGCAAAAUUGAAGAUUUACUUGAAAAGGUAUCGGAUAUCCUUCCAUCUUUCGACAACAUCAUUUACCAUGUUGGGACUAACAAUUCCAGCAAUGAAACUGUCACCCAAAUUAUGAGAAAGUUUCAAAAACUAGUUUUCAGUACAUUGUCUAAACAGUUUUGUCAUGUUUAUGUUUCGGGGAUUCUGCCACGUGCUAGGAGCCAUUUCCCAAAGGAGACAUGCAGCAGAUGCCAGAGGUACGGAGAAGAAUGCAGAGUACAUCCAUCAGAUGAGGCGCUUUACAACAUGAACACUACUGCAAGGAUGGUAAACCUGCUCCUCAGACAUUACUGUGGUGAAACACCCCGCGUAACAUAUAUUCCACAUAUUGAUUUUGCCAAACAUGGCAAAAUAGUACGUGGGAUGUUGAGCCGGGAUGGUCACCAUAUUAAUGCCCGGGGACAGGCUGUUUUAUGUCAUAACUUAUUUUCAGCUGUCAGUACUGUUGAAUCUACCAUUGGCUUAACCAAGGGUUACAGUGUUAAGGUGCCAUCUGGCUCUGACCUGUCUAGUUCCGGUAGCAGUACUGCCCCGUUACGUAACUCUGUUACUUCGCGGGACAGUGCGACUACUGGAGCAAAAGACAGUGGACGAACCAAUGGUGUUAGGCGUUCCCCUGGCUUAACCAAGGGUAACAUUGUUAAGGUGCCAUCUGGCUCUGACCUGUCUGGUUCUGGUAGCAGUACUGCCCCGUUACGUAACUCAGUUACUUCGCGGGACAGUGCGACUACUGGAGCAAAAGACAGUGGACGAACCAGUGGUGUUAGGCGUUCCCCUGGCUUAACCAAGGGUAACAUUGUUAAGGUGCCAUCUGGCUCUGACCUGUCUGGUUCUGGUAGCAGUACUGCCCCGUUACGUAACUCUGUUACUUCGCGGGACAGUGCGACUACAGGAGCGAAAGACAGUGGACGAACCAGUGGUGUUAGGCGUUCCCCUGGCUUAACCAAGGGUAACAUUGUUAAGGUGCCAUCUGGCUCUGACCUGUCUGGUUCCGGUAGCAGUACUGCCC